UCAUCGACCUCCACCCCACAUUGAAUAAUUAUUUUUAAUAAUUUUAGUUUUUUUUUUUUGGCUUUAGAUAUAUUCCCAAUCCCCAACCUCCCAAUAAUCCGAUCUCUCCCAGUUCUGUUCGGAUCAAGGCUGUGUCGAUCGCAAAAAAGAAAAAAAAAACAAUUUCCUUUUGGGGUGGUUCAUCUGUUGAUCACUUCUUUGUUUCCCGCGUUUUGUUGGGGAUUCGAUUUUCGGGUUAAGAUUUUCUACACGAUGGCCUUGAACUUGGCUCAGAGCGCCGCGGCGGCAGCGUGCUUCGCGACCGCCGGUGAUGCGCGGCGAGCUGCUUCGGUGGUCGCCAUGCCGUCGUCGUCGUCGUCGGCCACGACGAGCCUGAGGAUGAAGAGGCAGGCGGCGUGCGAGCCGGUGGCGUGCCGGGCGGUGGCCAGGCACGUGGCGGCGGCGGCGGCGAGCAGCAGGAGGAACGGCGUGCCGGUGUUCGUGAUGAUGCCGCUGGACACGGUGAGCAAGUGCGGGAGCGCGCUGAACCGGAGGAAGGCGGUGGCGGCGAGCCUGGCGGCGCUGAAGAGCGCCGGCGUGGAGGGGAUCAUGGUGGACGUGUGGUGGGGCAUCGUGGAGAGCGAGGGCCCCGGCCGGUACAACUUCGACGGCUACGUGGAGCUCAUGGAGAUGGCCCGCAAGACCGGCCUCAAGGUCCAGGCCGUCAUGUCCUUCCACCAGUGCGGCGGCAACGUCGGCGACUCCGUCAACAUCCCGCUCCCGAGGUGGGUGGUGGAGGAGAUGGAGAAGGACAACGACCUCGCCUACACCGACCAAUGGGGACGCCGCAACUUCGAGUACAUCUCCCUCGGCUGCGACGCCAUGCCCGUCUUCAAGGGCCGCACGCCCGUCGAGUGCUACACCGACUUCAUGCGCGCCUUCCGCGACCACUUCGCCUCCUUCCUCGGCGACACCAUCGUCGAAAUCCAAGUCGGCAUGGGCCCCGCCGGCGAGCUUCGGUACCCGUCCUACCCGGAGAGCAACGGCACCUGGAGGUUCCCCGGCAUCGGCGCCUUCCAAUGCAACGACAGGUACAUGCGUAGCAGCCUGAAGGCGGCGGCGGAGGCGAGGGGCAAGCCGGAGUGGGGCCACGGCGGGCCGACGGACGCCGGCGGCUACAACAACUGGCCGGAAGACACGGUGUUCUUCCGCGGCGACUGCGGCGGGUGGAGCACCGAGUACGGCGAGUUCUUCCUGUCGUGGUAUUCGCAGAUGCUGCUGGAGCACGGCGAGCGCGUGCUGUCGGGCGCGACGUCCGUGUUCGGCGACGGCGCCGGCGCCAAGAUCUCGGUCAAGGUGGCCGGCAUCCACUGGCACUACGGCACGCGGUCGCACGCGCCGGAGCUCACGGCGGGGUACUACAACACGCGGCACCGCGACGGCUACCUCCCGAUCGCGCGCAUGCUGGCGCGCCACGGCGCCGUGCUCAACUUCACCUGCGUGGAGAUGCGCGACCACGAGCAGCCGCAGGAGGCGCAGUGCAUGCCCGAGGCGCUCGUCAGGCAGGUGGCCGCCGCGGCGCGCGCGGCGGGCGUCGGGCUCGCCGGGGAGAACGCGCUGCCGCGGUACGACGGCACGGCGCACGACCAGGUGGUCGCCGCCGCCGCCGACCGCGCGGCGGAGGACCGGAUGGUCGCCUUCACCUACCUCCGGAUGGGGCCCGACCUCUUCCACCCGGACAACUGGCGCCGGUUCGUCGCCUUCGUCCGCCGCAUGUCCGAGUCUGGCUCGCCGCGGGAGGCCGCCGAGAGCGCCGCGCACGGCGUCGCGCAGGCCACCGGCUCGCUCGUGCACGAGGCCGCGGUCGCGCUCCGGAGCUAGCACGGUCAGACGCUCAUAUACACCGUCGCCUCGAGGUCGGAUUCCGAUGUGGGAUCAUUCGAUCUCCCUUUUUUUUUUCUUCUUUUUGCCAUUUUGUACAGCCUUUUGGGGAGCUUUGGAUUUGUGCUUUUUGUCUCGGGAGGAAAACCGCUCUGGAGGUCGAAGAGAGCGUCAUUUUCCUCCCGUUGAAGAUCACGAAUCAUUUACGUUAGAGAUGAUGUAAUUAAGCAGGGAGGGGAGGGGAACACACACACACUGGCACUCAAAAGUUGUUGUCACGCUUGGGGAAUAUAUCCAUUUCCAGCCAAAAAAAAAACGCAGAAAUGCGUUGUGUUCUUGCGCUCUGGUUCGUUGCUGCUGUGGGUCAGAUUCAGCUGGUGAAAAAACUACAGUACUACUGAAACUGAAACUACUAGAGCCUAGAGGGAGAUUAAGCUAAGUUAAUUGCACGAGUAAUUACUCCACGGUUGUGUUUAGGGUCUACGUCGGCAGAUUUUGCUUUCUGGUAGAUCCCUAACCUUAUGUUUGUUGGGAAUUUUAUAAAGGAGCUAAGUUUGCCUAUUGAUUUGCAA